AUGUGACUCCGUGACGUAGCGCGUUCAGUGCACCACUUACACGCUUCCUCCUCUUCCUGCUUGUUUUCACUCCUGUGGAGAGCGUGGACGCUGUUUCACGGGCCGAAACAGAUUGACUCUCACAGAAAAGCUGUAAGGUAAGACGAUACAAUGACUGUCACUUUGGUUGAAACAGUACGGUCCUUUCAGCUGACUCCUAUCUGUGAAUAUAAGCAUGUGUCAAUGAAAGCAGCAGACUGAGAGCUCAAAGUCUCAAAGUCACGUUUUAAACUGAGAAACAUUGCCUGCUACUACCUCUUGUUAAAAAGGCCUGUGAUUCUUAAGAAGACUACGAAUUAAGAAAACUGUCCUCACUAGAAAAUUCAGCAAAGUAGUUAUUUCCUUUCAUAGUUUUGGUCUGCACAGGGAAACUUUGAUUUACUCCUUUUACACCCUAGUUACAGGCCAUGUGCCACCCCCACCCCCACAUAAAUAAAUUAAAAAAAAAAAAAAAAAACUCACAAUAUUAAAACAAUAAAGGUAUAUAUCUGUUCAGAUCAUUCCCAGAACAUGCAGCUGAAAUUAACACAAUGAGGCUGUUUGUUUGACAGAGAUGAACAGUGAAAACUUCAACCUGAGUGAGAGGAUAGUUUCCCCCUCCUACAUCCGACAGGGCAGCCAGGCACGCCGAAGCCAUGAGCAGCUCAUCAGACGCCUACUGGAGCAGGUAAGGUCCACAGCUGCCUUCUUUGCGUUACUGCAGAUUCUUCAAUUUUUUUCAUCAUGCUGUGUAUGUUGCAGGGAAAGUGUCCGGAGGAAGGGUGGAGCGAGAGCACCAUAGAACUCUUCUUGAAUGAGCUGGCUGUGAUGGACAGCAAUAACUUCCUUGGAAACUGUGGCGUGGGAGAGAGGGAAGGCAGGGUGGCGUCCAGUCUUGUGGCGAGGAGACAUUACAGGUACAGCACUGACUUGUUAAGCUCACAUUGUGUCACAUAACAUGAUGUUACCAAGCCACGAGAAAUGUUCCUGCUGUGAUGUUGGGCUCUUUUGUGUAGGUUGAUUCAUGGUAUAGGUCGAUCUGGUGACAUUGCUGCGAUUCAGCCCAAAGCUGCAGGAUCCAGUCUGCUCAACAAGCUCACGAAUUCAGUCGUAUUGGACAUCUUAAAGCUCUCAGGUAUGCCUAUCCUGUUGUUAUGAACUUAGUAUGAAAACAUUCAGGGAUUUUGUGGGGUGAGGUUUAAGGUGUUAAAAAGAGGGUGGGCUGUUGAUAAAAAAUAAAAACCUCAGCAAUUUGCAAAUAAAUCAGAAUCCUGACUAUUUCAACUGUGUCCUGACUUUGAGACCCAUGGAUGGAUCUGGGUGCAGAUCUGGGUUAUCAAGUUCCCCUGAAAAUGUAAUCUCAAGCCUCUGAUACUCAUGUCAGAAACUUCCUCAAGCAGGAAAACAUCUUGAGAAGUGGGCUUUAUGUGUAAAAUCAGUGAAAUGUCCCUUUAAAUCAGAUCAAAGUUGUUUUCUUCUGUUGUUCCUUCAAAUGGUGGAACCUCUGUUGUUGCUUUCUCUGGAAAAAAGGUGUCAGGAGUGUGGCGAGCUGCUUUGUAGUUCCCAUGGCGACGGGAAUGAGUUUGACUUUGUGCUUCCUGACCCUUCGUCACCGGAGACCCAAGGCUCGCUACAUCAUUUGGCCUCGCAUCGACCAGAAAUCCUGUUUCAAAUCCAUGAUCACAGCAGGUAAGAAAGAUCCUUUCGCCCUUAUGUGUUUUUCAAUUUCUUUGAAAAAUAUCCUGACAGUGAUUUUUUUAUUUUUCUUUGCAUCACUUUUUAACACUCAAAAAUACAUACCUUUGCAAUUGUUAGCUGUCUUUGUUGUACAUUACUAAUCUUGCGAUAACAGGUGAUUUUCUUCUGUUUGUGUGACUAUUUUCUAAGGUUUUGAACCAGUGGUGGUGGAAAAUGUUCUGGAGGGCGAUGAGUUGCGGACAGACUUGGAGGCAGUUGAGCGCAAAAUUUUAGAGCUGGGAGCCGAGAGCAUCCUGUGUGUGCACUCAACAACAUCCUGUUUUGCCCCACGGGUCCCCGACAGGUAAAAUAAAAACAACCCCCCCACUCUUCAGGCUUUUCUGGAUGUCAGGGUAGUUGAUUUAAUACAAUUAAAAGUUGUACCAAGUGUGAAAUCAUUAUUUCCAAUUGUCUUGCAGGCUUGAGGAGCUGGCUACUGUGUGUGCCAAAUAUGAUAUUCCACAUAUAGUUAACAACGCCUAUGGAGUACAGUCAUCCAAAUGUAUGCACCUUAUACAACAGGUAAACAUCCCAUAUUUGUAUUCCUGUUAUUGUUAUACAAGCAUAGUCAUUACUUGUCUGUUAUAAAUGGAGAGAAUUGUAAAAUGUAGAAUUCUUAUAUUUUCCCUGUCCCUUUUUUGUUAAUCAGGGGGCUCGGGUAGGAAGAAUUGAUGCCUUUGUACAGAGCUUGGACAAGAACUUCAUGGUUCCAGUAGGUGGCGCCAUAAUCGCAGGUUUUGAUGAAUCCUUUAUACAGGAGAUCAGCAAGAUGUACCCAGGUAAGAAAUAACAAACAGCCUUAUAUCUGGACUAAGUACAAUAAUGGUAUCACGGGGGUAUUAUUAUAGUCACAGCUGUGUAGGUGUGUACUUUUGCUACUACAUUCUCAGUUUGUUUGCAUACAAGAGCAUCUGUUUUCUUAAAGUAACUUUUGUAUAUAAUUAUUGCGUCUCCCUGCGCUGAUAAUAAGAUGCCUAUAGCUGUUAGCAUUCUUAGAAUCCACUUAUGCCACAAUGAGGUAAAUUUGCUGCACCUGUAUGUUCAGCUCAGUGGUAGUUAUUCAAACUCAAAGUACAUCAGUGAGAUUUUAUUUCCCUUUCACACAAAGUGCAUAUUACCUUCGACCUUUCAGCUGUGCUGUAUCGCAGCACAGCGGUAUUGUAUUUCAUCAUCACAGCAGCAGGACAAAGCUGCUGUGGCCUCACUAUGGUGUGCUAAAAAGGACAAAUAGCACAUAAUUAAAGGAAGAAAACUUAAUAAUUUCAGACCUUAAUCACUUUUAAUGCGCUAAUGAGGACAGCCUUAAUCUAUUCUGCCCUACAAUUAGUCUGUGGGUAUUACAACUGGUCUAGGUGAUGGUGAACUGGUGGUGCUUCACAUAGCAUCAUCAGUGUAUGUGUGUGGUGUAAUGAUCCGAAGACUAGAGAUUAAACAUCACUGACAUAUGACAUUAUUUGUUCUUUAAGCAUAUGAAAAAAAGUUCAGUAUUGAGUCUCUAACCUGAAAUCUACAGCUUUUGUUGACAAACUGUUCCAAAUAAUAGCAUGGUACUGUUUUUGUUAUUUAUACUCACUAGUUUAUCUACCAAAGAAAAUACUGAUUGAUUCCAGAAAACAGCUUUUAACCCCUUGUUUUGAUCAAAUGUGGCCAAAACAAGAGUAUUUCAUCCUUAUGAUCCUUAUGGUGUUUGAGAUCAUGUUUGGAUAUUUAGAUUAAUGCAGUUUUGUGCUGUUUUUUAUGGAAAUUCCAGUUGUGUUUUGACAUCUAUAGUAUAAAACGAUGUAUUUAGCCUCUUGUUGAAUUGUUUGUCGAUUGUUUUGGUGUAUGAUGGGCAGUAAUAGGUCAACUGGGAGAUUGCUGUACACUAACUAGCUGAAAAGCAGGCAAGGUGUAUUAUUGUGAAUGAACUGGGUCUCACCUGGCCCUAGUUAGGACAGUAGUUCCUGUAAUUCCUGUGAGGAAGUCUAUAAAAAGGAGGUGUCAUGAGUAACAGUCUAAAGUUUUGCACUCAUCUCUGUUUCUGCUCAGCAGAGUCACCUUUUCACCUCUCUGUCCAGGUCGAGCUUCAGCCUCACCUUCCCUUGACGUCCUCAUUACCCUUCUCUCUCUGGGCGCCAGUGGCUACAAGAAACUUCUGUCUGAGAGAAAGGUGAGAACCCUCACACAUCACGUAAUAAAAUUCAAUAUUAAUGCAUAAGACAUUCUGCAGAAAUGUCGGUCUGAAUGUGUCUUUAAGCAUGCUGCAUUCACAUUGUUCCCCUGAAGCCCAAAAAACCCAGCUUACAUAAGUAGUAUUGAAUUGCAGUGCGUCACAUGUCACGCCUGCGUGUGUACAGCUCUUUGUUUACCUGCAUUCUGACUGAGACAUGCGCUCUGUUGGAGAGGGGAGUAUGCUAUAGCGAGAUAAAAUUGAUCCAGAAGUUUCAGAAAAACCUCCCCUGGUGGCUCUCUGCUUUUAAAGCCGAGUUGCUCACAAUGCAGCAGUACCCCUCUUCAAAUGCUCGGCACUGCAGCAUUCUCACACCUCACAACUGCUGUAGUGAAGAUGUACUGUUUAUGUGCUUGAGUACAGCUGGUACCACUGAUGCUUAGACAUCAAGACUCAGAAAAAAUGUCCUUUGGGUAUUUUUUUCUACAAAGAAGAUAAGCUAAAUCUUAUUUCUUGGUGUUUCAGUUGAGUAAAAUACAAUUUGUGAUUAAAAAAAAUUGCACCUCACCCUAAAAACGGCUUGUCUUGCUAGACAGUGUACUACAGUACUGCAAAUGCAAUAGUGUAGAACCAACUCAAAGCAGAACUACACAACUAGAUAGCUAGAUAGUUCCUCUGACCACUCACAUGACCUGACACCAUCCCUGCUUAUUGAUUCUUUUGGUCCAAACUAUGCAUAAUUCAUGCAAAAGACCAGUUUUCCAUAAUGUCUGCAGAACAGAGUGAUUUCCUCACAUCCCCCCAGGGGUCGAAAGCUUUAAAUAAUUCAGACAUUUCAUCUGUGAGGAUUCAUUUACAGCAGCGUGUAACCAUUUUAGCUCACAUACUGAGAAAGGACCAGCAUAUGAUGUGUGUUUGGUUUCUUGCACACACUCUUAUUGUCCGCAUAAUGGUGGCCAAGCACCCCCUCCGCCGCUCUCAGCUGUCUCUCUUGAAGAAAAAGAAGUCACCCAUUGUUAUUAGAGAACAAGGGACAGUUGGUGACAUCAUUGUAAGGCUGUUUGUGUUUGACUCAUGAUGGAAAGAAGAAAAACAUUAUCCCUUUUGAGAUGUUUUCAAAUUAGGAAAGUAUGAGUCAGCAGAGUAUACGCUGACACACUCCCACUGUUGCAGAGAGCAGAUCCUGGAGUGUGUGAUUGUACAGUGGGGGGGGCUAUCCAGCAGCUUGGGCAUGAACAUCAAAACACUGGAAAAGUUGUGGAAUAAAAACAACUGCAGGAAAAUCUUUCAACGACUAGCCAGUCACAUGACAGGCGUUACUCUGAAGUGGAAAUCACUGCGUGGGCUAAGAUAAUAUCUAGAGACCAUUAACUGUAAACACAGUUUGUUGCUGAUCUAGAAAUGCAGGUUAAAAGAAGAAACCACAAGCAACACCAGUGUCUUCUCUCCUUUUGGAAACCAUGGAUGAGUAAAGGGAUGUCUCUGUUUUUAAUUCGAGCACAGCUCAAAAGUUGACUCCUUUUGUUAGUAUAGGGAUGAAUAUGAUAGCGUGGUAUCGAUGGCUUUCAUAUUUUGGAAGUCACUAUAAAUGCAGAGCUAUAUCUACAGGUAUUUAAGUGGUAGGGGUGAGAGAAAUAUCGAUACAGCAUAGUAUUGCUAUAUUUUGACUAGUAAUACAUCAUAUCAUCUCAUUUACCAAGUAUUGAUUUGUUAAAUAAAUUGCUAAUAUGAAGUCAAAUCUAUGAUGAUGGAAAAAUAGAAUCAACCAUUUGUCCAGUGAGGUUGGCAGAGGUGACAUUAUAGAGCAGGAGAAAGUUAGUACAACAAAUAUACAUAAAGUUUGUAAGAUGUGCUACAUGAAAAUAAAAUGCAGCGUUAAUAAGACAAACAUAAAGGAAAGCCAAAUGCUAAAUUAGCAACAGUUGGAAAAAUUGUGUAAAUUGCAAAAUGUUCAAAAUCGCAACAAUAUUGUAUCGUGGCUCAAGUAUCGUGACAAUAUUGUAUCGUGAUAAUAUCGUAUUGUGGCCCAAGUAUUGUGAUGAUAUCAUAUCAUGGCCCAAGUAUUGUGAUAAUAUCGUAUCGUGCCCCAAGUAUCAUGAUGAUAUCGUAAUGUGGACCAAAUGUCGUGAUAAUAUUGUAUCAUGGCCCAAGUAUGAGGAUAAUAUCAUAUUGUGGGGCCACUGGUGAUUCCCACCUCUAUUAAGUGGUAUAUGCUGCUGUGCUGGGUACCUUUUUCAUUGAAAACCUUGUAUGACACAUCAAGAAGAUGACAAUAUCUAUUUUGCGCUGAUCUGCAAAUCUGUCCUCAAGAACAUUUCCCACAAAUAUUCAAACUCUUGUGGUAUUAAAGUUGUAGUUUUGCAGCAAAGGCCUGGUAUCAAAGCAUUGAUGCCGAGGCCCUUGCUUUUAGGUGCACUCUCUGCUUUAAGACUCUGAACUAAACACACUUUGUCAGCAAAUUUCAACACACAGAUGUUUUAAAUCUUAAGAUAAGAGCAUGUCUUCCUCCUCUUCUGCUUCUCUAAUUGAUCCCUGAGGUAGACGAGUGGAUACUUGUGCUUAAGCUUGGAGGGAAACACGCUCGACAUGGGGAGAGCAGAAAGAGGGGGAUGGGAGGGUUCGCUUGCGGAUAGAUUCGCCUGAUUAGCAAUGAAAACCACGGUUGCUACUGCUGCUGCUGCUAAAAUAAGACUGUGGCAGAAUCUGAAAGGAGAAUUGUGUGUCUAUUUUUAGCUCUAUCAUAUGGCCCCCACUUCCUCUAGUUCUGUCUCCCCAUUCCGUUUCUCUGUGUCUGCAUGUCUUGCAGGAGAUUUAUUUGUUGCUGGCUCAGGAGCUGAAGAGUCUGGCUUCUGCACAUGGGGAAAGAUUGCUUCACACCCCACAUAACCCCAUUUCACUGGGUAAGCUCAAUGCACAAAGCCUGUGAAUAUUAUGAGUAUCUUUUGUCUGAAAGUAAAAAUUUUUAUGUCUCAGACGUAUGAGUAAUAAUUAUGUGUCCUUGGCAUGGCCUUCCUUUUCCCCCAGCCAUGUCUCUGGAUGGUCUCCAGGCUGAGAGUGACAAGGCUGUGACUCAGCUGGGCUCCAUGUUGUUCACCCGGCAAGUGUCGGGAGCCAGGUAUGAAAAACUUGGAAAGAGAAAACAAGAGGGUGCGGAGGUGUGAGUGAGUCAGCUUGUUGGUAAAGUAAGAGGAGAAAAAGAGGUUGUCUUUGUCCUUUAGAAAUGAAAGGAUGAGCUGCGUACGUCCGAACAGAAUGGCCACUGAGAGUCAGCAAUCAGCCUGAUGGAUCUGCUGAAUAUGGCAGAGCGGGAACUACUCUAGUUGAUUAGACUGCCUGUCCUAUCGGGGACGUCUCCUUAUUUAUCUGGAUGUCUCCAUUAGAAUACACAGAGUGAUGCCAUGUCUGCUGUGACAGCAUGGUCUCAUCCAACAACGUGGUUGUUUUUUACUCUCUUAGCGUUCCGGAUCAGGAUUUCAGCAAAUCCUGAUCCCGAAUGCUUGUCUGUGGGUGCUUUUUUUUUUUUUUUUUCCCAUUUUUCCCUCCAGUGGUUUUUGACCAAACAUUCAGCCCAACUAAAUAUUUCAAAUAUCCCAGCUGAAUGAUUUAUUUGGGUCAUUCUGUUGUGUCUGAUUUGUUUUAUUCAGAUUUGAAUGCACUCGUGGCUCAAUUGCACCUUGAAAGCGUAAAGAUAUUCCUUUUUUUUUUUUUCUCCUUUCUCUUGAUUUUUGUCUCAAACAUUUUGUUCAUUGUCAAAAUUGAGCUACCUCAGCAGUGUAUACAAUUAGAUCCAUGGAUAUCAUAUGUUUAUGCUUCAGUAACACACACUUAUCUUACAACCUGAGUACGAGGCAACCUUUUCCCACAAUAAGAGUGACUUACUGUCUUAUCAAGCAGAGCAGAUUAACAGAUCUUCAUCCUUUUACAGUGCAUUUCUCUCCUAAUGCUCUUUCUCAUACUCAUAGCCAGUAAUUGAUUUCACAUUAAAGUGAGUCUAAGUUGUGCUGACAGAGGUGAAACCCUGCCAAAUUUCAGUGUUGUUUACAGCGUUGCAGACUUGAAACCACCCACAGUUCAAAAUAUUUUGCUGCUUGUCUUUUCAUGCGUCCACCAUCCACCUCUGAAAACACAGAAAUUGCCGCAUUAAUACACAGCGCUGUGUGAUCUCUUCAGUUUCAGCUUUUUUAUAUGAAUUCUGAGAUCUUCCUGUGGUAUAAAAGUGAAGCUGAAGAACAAAACGAGAGUGUGUACAGAAGGGUUUUAACACUGCAUCCUUUUAGCUUGCUAAUGUAUGCGCUAAGUGUACAGAUAACAAGCAGCUUUGCAUGUGGAGAAGGCCGGGUUUAUGACCUGUAUGUAUAUGUCAUAUCCGGUCCCUAAAAGAUAAUGACGCUCCUCCAACUGAGUAUACUCAUUUGGAGGAGCGGCAUUAUUUGUUACUUCACUCUUGGGAAGUUAUCCAGUCGUCCAUACAGAAACCUGCAGAGUUCUCAGUUGUACUUCCUUCUUCAUUCACCUGUAGAAUCUUUUAGCCCAUUAUUUCAGUUUUCAAGCCUACACCUUCACUGCUUUGAUUUGAUCACACUGCCCUCGAUAUAUAUAUCUCUAGCUGUGGGGAUCUUUUUCCUCUUUUAAAAUAAAACACUGCAUGCAAAUUCAAGAAGAAAAACAAGUUGAGAAGCUUAUCACUGAAGAAGUAAAUGAAAACAAAGCCGUUCAAAACCCUGAUAGUUUCUUAAGAAAUCAUACGGACCAUAAACAAAGUCAGAAAAAGGAACUUACUGACAGAAAGCGUAACCAGAGAAGGAUCAUCUAUAAAGACUUUGUGUAAGUACGGUUUGAAAGUUUGCACACCUGUUAAGGUUUAUGGUGAUGGAAGCGCACAAUGGUGGUGAAUUUUCUACUUUAUUAUCCUUUUAUGCUAUAUUAAAGCUCUUCUUCGGUCUUUGCUGAGCUUUUCUGUACAUAAGUGAGUCAGAUAUAUCUCUAAUUAUUAUUUGCUGCAGAAACAAGUGUGCUUAAAAACCCUACAGUCAGACACCUACCUUUUGGCAGCAGUUACAGGCAUUGAAAAUGUUAAAAUAUGGAAAUCUGGUUGUUUUGUGGAUCACCUUGAUUGUGUUGUGGGUUGUUAAGAGGCAUUACUGUUAUUUUGAGUCUGUUUCAAAACCAGAUCAAAACUUCCCACUGGAGCUUUAAGUGAUAAAUACAAACAGUAGAUGCUUAAAAUAAAUGAAAUGUCUUCUCUGCUUUGAAUAAAGACUCAUUAUUUUACUGAAACAUUAAAGCUCCUGUGAGGAGUUGUUUAUGUCAGUGAAAUUCACAUUCAAUUCAUGAGGGGGUAGGUGUCAGGCUCUGUUUUUACACUUGCCAUACAAAAUAUUUACAAUCAGGGAUAAAGUUGACAGUCAAAAGUCAGCACGAUGAGAUAUUUUAUUAGAAGACACGAUUCAAACAAGACAGAUAAUACUGCUUCGUCUACAGGAGGUGCCAAAGUUGGCACAAGUUGAAAAUUACUCACAGGAGCUUUAACUGAAUCAGUCGCUCUAGCUCUAACCAGAUCAUUGUAGUGAUAUUAUAUAAUGUAUUGCAGUUGUUUCCCUCGUUGCUGAACCAUAAUCAAUUCUCGACACUCUCCUUUCCAGGGUAAUACCACUCGGCAAGGAGCAGACCAUAAGUGGACACACCUUCCGUGGCUUCAUGUCACACUCAGAGGCGUACCCCUGUCCGUACCUGAACGCGGCUUCAGCUGUGGGAAUCACUCGAGAUGAUGUGACACUGUGCAUGAAAAGGCUGGACAAAUGCCUAAAGACUUUGAAGAAAGAGGGAAAUGCGACAAAAAGUAGCUCUGAAGUACUUCCAUCAUGUCAGGAGGAUGGAGCCGGGGAAGUAACUGAGCAAGAUUAAAGACGCUUUUAUAGGCAAAGAAGAAAUAUAUGAGAAAUCACGAGUUAGACCAAAGUGCAGUUUUAUUCCUGUCUGUAUAUGCUGAUGAUUCCUUCCUUUAUCAAGACCCUUGGACUCAGUACAGAUUGAGGAUCUAUAAUUUGCACUGGCCUUUACUUUCUGUUUGUCAUUUUUCUUAAGUAAAGCCAUCUAAAUCCUCCGGAGUGCCAUUAUGGGUGGGAUCUACUAUAAAUUAGCCAGUGAGACCCGUGUUUUGGGAAUACAUUAGCGUUUUACUUAUCGAUCUAGAGAGGAGUACAGCUUUAUGAUGUUGAAUGUUGUACCAUGUCUUCUGCAGUGUGUUGUAAUGCGAUACCAAUGACGCCGAGCCAUUAACUCCCACUCUAUCGGACAUUUACUUUCAGGCUCUGAAACACAUGGCAAGGAUGAAAUAAUCAAUGACGCCUACUACACAUAGAUGAUUCCUGUGUUUGGUAAAGGAAAUGCACACUGUGAGAACCUGCUGUGCAUUAGCAUUAACAAUUUAAGAGAAAUA